AGGUGAAGGUGAAAGUGAAAGAAAAGCUGCGAAAGCGGCCAGCACCUUUGAGGAAGGGUGAAGGCGAAAGUGAAAGCAGGAAGAAAGGACGUGGAGCCCUGCAAAGGCUGAAUCGGAGGACUUUUUUGCUCCCCUCAGGCCUCUUCGUCUGACCUGACCCCCGACCCCUUAUUGGCCCUGCCAGCCAGGACAUGCUGAAGCUAGCGAUGGAGCCCCGAGGGGGCUUCUCCUUCGAGAAUUGUCAGAGAAAUGCAUCACUGGAACGCGUCCUCCCGGGACUUAGGGUCCCUCAUGCACGCAAGACCGGGACUACCAUCGCGGGCCUUGUGUUCCGAGACGGGGUCAUCCUGGGUGCCGAUACGCGGGCCACUAACGAUUCGGUCGUGGCGGACAAAAACUGCGAGAAGAUCCACUUCAUCGCCCCUAAAAUCUACUGCUGUGGGGCUGGAGUGGCCGCGGACGCCGAGAUGACCACACGGAUGGUAGCAUCCAACAUGGAGCUACACGCGUUGUCCACGGGUCGCGAGCCCCGCGUAGCUACGGUCACCCGCAUUCUGCGCCAGACGCUUUUCCGGUACCAGGGCCAUGUGGGUGCGUCGCUGAUCGUCGGCGGCGUAGAUCUGACCGGACCCCAACUCUAUGGCGUGCACCCCCAUGGGUCCUACAGCCGUCUUCCCUUCACAGCCCUUGGAUCUGGCCAGGGCGCGGCCCUGGCGGUGCUGGAGGAUCGGUACCAGCCGAACAUGACGCUGGAGGCUGCACAGGGACUGCUGGUAGAAGCCAUCACUGCAGGGAUCCUGGGUGACCUGGGCUCUGGGGGCAGUGUGGAUGCAUGUGUUAUCACUGGGACUGGUGCCAAGAUGCUGCGGACACUGAGCUCACCCACGGAGCCCAUAAAGAGGCCUGGCCAGUACCACUUUGUGCCUGGAACCACAGCUGUCCUGACCCAUACAGUGAAGCCACUAGACUUGGAGCUACUGGAAGAAACUGUGCAAGCUAUGGAGGUGGAGUAAAGUAGGCUGAGGCUCACAGCUUGGAACAAGGGGGAAUAAACCCAGAAAUACAAAAAUCUAAA